AUGGGGACGAUACACGUCAUCCUCGCCGCUCCAGGGAAGACUGGCUCUUUUCCCUCUAGGGUGCUGUCUGUGGCUCAGCUCCCCACCGAGGAUGGUGAGAAGGAGCCCAAAAGAUCUAAAAAGGGAAACUCACCUGUGUUGGGGUUCUCGAACGAGGAUAAGAUGGGAACUAUCCAACCUCAUGAUGAUGCUUUGGUAGUUACAUUGAGGAUUGGAGGGUUCGAUGUGAAGAGAAUACUGGUGGACCCGGGCAGUGUUGUGGAAGUGAUGUACCUUGACCUAUACAGGGGGCUGAACCUAAAGCCUGAGGACUUAACGGCUUAUGACUCUCCUCUUAUAAGUUUCGAAGGGAAGACUGUCAUACUGAAAGGGCAGAUCAGAUUGCCCAUACAGACCGGAUCAGAGGUGGUGGAGGUGGAUUUUAUCAUGGUCGACGCCUACUCAUCCUACACGGCCAUAGUAGCCAGACCUUGGCUCCACGCCCUAGGAGCCGUUUCUUCUACACUUCACCAGAAGCAAUCAACCAUCUCAGCAGCACAAGUCGGUGAAUUAGCCGAGGAGAUAAAAUGUGAAAGUUUAGAAAAGGUUGCCGUUGACAAUAAUCCAAAAAGAUUUUUCCAAGUUGGCUCGGAAUUACCUCUCCAAGAAAAAGGGGAACUGAUCGGGUUUCUGAGAAGGAAUGUUGAUGUAUUUGCAUGGGACGCCUACGAUGCCCCGGGGGUUGACCAUAAUCUCAUUUGUCACUACCUAAACGUUAACCCAUCUUCUAUUCCAAAGAAGCAGCCACCCCGGUGCCCGUCAAAAGAGCAUGCCGACGUUGUUAGGGAUGAAGUGAUGAAACUGAAAAAAGUAAGGGCUAUCAAAGAUGUCUUUUACCCCGAGUGGUUGGCAAAUACAGUGGUGGGUUAUCAUCAAAUACCAUUGGCUCUAGAAGAUCAGGAGAAAACAGCGUUCAUGACACCCGUCGGAAACUACUACUAUAAGCGACCAGUAUACUAUGUAAGUAAAUCGUUGCAUGAAGCUGAAGUGCGCUACUUACCACUGGAAAAGGCAAUUCUUGCAGUAGAACUUCUCCACUACUUUCAAGCACCCACAUUAAAAGGGCCCUUUUAA